GAGUAAUGUCAAGAUGGACCCUUAUGGUUGUUUGUGAGGAUUAAAUGAAAUACAGUGUAAAACAACCAGAAAAAUUGAACAAGAGAAAAAUAUGGAAGGCCUGCCUGAUGUUGCUUCUUUUUCAAGUCGACUCAAAAACACUCUUAUCCAGUACCAUAAUAUUGAAGAUGACAAAUGGCGAGUUGCAAAAAAAACGAAAGAUGUAACAGUUUGGAGAAAACCUUCAGAAGAAUUUAAUGGGUAUCUCUAUAAAGCUCAAGGUGUUAUAGAUGACAUUGUCAAUAGUGUAAUAGACCAUAUACGCCCAGGGCCCUGUCGCUUGGAUUGGGACCGUUUAAUGACUUCAUUGGAUAUUUUGGAGCACUUUGAAGAGAAUUGCUGUGUGAUGCGUUACACUACUGCUGGUCAGCUUUGGAAUAUAAUUUCCCCAAGAGAGUUUGUUGAUUUCUCUUACACUGUGGGCUAUAAAGAAGGACUUUUAUCCUGUGGAAUAAGUCUUGACUGGAGUGAAAAGAGACCUGAAUUUGUUCGUGGAUAUAAUCAUCCCUGUGGUUGGUUUUGUGUUCCACUCAAAGACAAUCCAAACCAAAGUCUUUUGACAGGCUAUAUUCAGACAGAUCUAUGUGGAAUGAUUCCUCAGUCUGCGGUGGAUACUGCCAUGGCAAGCACUUUAACCAACUUCUACAGUGAUUUACGGAAAGCCUUACAAAAGGCAUAAUAUGUUCAAACUUGCAGUACUGUGAUCCCUGACUCUGCUCUUUCCCUCCUGCUACAAGUCCUCUAAAGAUCAUUUAUUUUUCUCUUCUGCAGAACCUGUAGAAACAUUUGGGAUGCUUUUUGUAGCGUAAUGUUUUAUUUUAUUCCUAAAUUAAAUUUCUGUAUAAAAGA